AUGGUGAUAACACCAGCAGCCGCAAGCCGACUUCGGCAAGAAAAUGGCAAUGAAGUUACCCACUAUCGGCCCAAUCCAACCGUUGAUCCUCGGUCUUCAUUCAAUGGUGCGAGUGAAGGUCUACGGGUGGAUGAGCCUAUGUUAGUUCAACCAAUUUCUCCGAACAGUACCCCAAAUGGUCUUGAUUGCAUGGAAAUUGGAGAUGCUCGUCAAGGGUCGCCAAUGCUAGUGAGCAAGUUAUUAAAUCCGAGGGUCGGAAUAAGAAGAAAACUACAGUAUCAAGUGAGAGACAUGAUGAAGAAAGCCGCAUCCGCUGCAGAGACCAUAGAGCAUAAUCGUAGUAUUGGUGGCACGCACGAAGUCCCGGAUGAGGAGGAGACCGACAUUCGAGCAACGACAAGGAACUCCUCAUGUUGA